AACCCUCAGGGCUGCACCCCCUGCUUCUGCUUCCAGCACUCGUCGGUGUGCGACAGCGCCGAGGGCUUCAGCGUGUACGCCGUCAGCGCCUCCUUCCCCAGAGGUGAUGAGCAGUGGACCGGGCAGCAGCGCGACGGUUCCAGUGUCUCCGUCCAGUGGUCUCCUAGUGGACAGGAAGUGUCCCUCAUCUCAGAAGACUACUUCCCCAUGUACUUCGUAGCCCCAGAGAAGUUUCUGGGGAACCAGAUGCUCAGUUACGGACAGAACCUGAGUCUGAGCUUCCGGGUGGACCGGCGGGACACGCGCCUGUCGGCGGAGGAUCUGGUGCUGGAGGGGGCCGGCCUCCGGGUGGCGGUGCCCCUCAUCGCCCAGGGCAACGCCUACCCCAACGAGAACAUGCAGACAUACGUCUUCAGGCUGCACGACACCGCAGAUUAUCCCUGGAGGCCGACCAUCAGCCAGCCCGACUUCCAGAAGCUCCUCCACAACCUGACCGCCAUCAAGAUCCGCGGAACCUACAGCGAGAGGAGUGCCGGUUACCUCGACGACGUCUCCUUGGUAACGGCCAGGCGGGCCCCAGGUGUGCCGGCCCGCUGGGUUGAGCGCUGCACCUGUCCUCAGGGUUACCAGGGGCAACACUGUGAGCAGUGCACUCUGGGAUACCGACGCGCCCGGCAGGAACUGGGAGCUUUCAGCCCGUGUGAGCCGUGCAACUGUAACGGACACAGCGAGGCCUGCGACCCGGACACGGGAGCGUGCGACUGUCGGGACAACACGGCCGGCCUCAGCUGUGAGCGCUGCAGAGACGGUUUCUAUGGCGACGCCACCAGCGGGUCGUCAGGAGACUGUGAGCCGUGUCCCUGUCCCGCCGGCGCCACCUGUGCCGUGGUCCCCAAGACCCGGGAGGUGGUCUGCACCAACUGCCCCGCAGGAACCACAGGGAAGCGCUGCGAGCUCUGUGACGACGGGUUCUUCGGGGACCCUCUUGGGGGGGCCGGGCCGGUCCGGGCCUGCCGCGCCUGCAAGUGCAGCGACAACAUUGACCCCAACGCCGUCGGCAACUGCGACCGCGAGACCGGCGAGUGCCUGAAGUGCAUCUACAGCACCGCCGGCUUCUUCUGCGACCGCUGCAAGGACGGUUACUACAGCAACGCCCUGGCCGCCAACGCCGCCGACAAGUGCAAACCCUGCUCCUGCUCUCCGUCCGGUACCGUUGGGGGACAGACGAGCUGCUCCCAGGUCACCGGUCAGUGUGAGUGUCUCCCCAACGUGGCGCAGAGGGACUGCAGCGUCUGUCAGCCCGGCUUCUUCAACCUGCAGAGCGCCGCCGGCUGUGAACGGUGCAACUGCGAUCCGAUUGGCUCCACCAGCGGGCAGUGUGACAUCACCUCGGGGCAGUGCGAGUGCCAGCCCGGCGUCUCCGGCCGGCUCUGCCAGCGCUGCGAGGUCAACUUCUUCGGCUUCAGCUCGUCGGGAUGCAAACCCUGCGACUGCGACCCCGAGGGCUCCCGGUCCGGUCAGUGCGAGGAGGACGGGCGCUGCGGGUGCCGGCCCGGCUUCGUGGGCGCUCGCUGCGACAUGUGUGAGGAGAACUACUUCUACAACCGCUCGGCGCCGGGCUGCCAGCAGUGUCCCUCCUGCUACGGCCUGGUCAGGGACAAGGUGAACCAGCAGAGGCAGAAGCUGCAGGACCUGCAGACCCUCAUCGACAGCCUGGGCUCAGGGGAGGGCUCGGUCCCCGACGAGGCCUUCGAGGACCGGCUGAAGGAGGCAGAGAGGUCCAUCAUGGAGCUGCUGGAGGAGGCCGAGGCCAGCAAAACGACGAACCGCGGUUCUGUCUGGGACCGCCUGAGCGGCAUCAACAACACGCUGACGACCCAGUGGAACCGCCUGCAGAACAUCCGCGGCACGGUGGACGACACGGGCACGCAGGCCGACCGCGCACGCCACCGCGUCCGGGAGGCCGAGGACCUGAUCGACCGCGCUCGCCAGGAGCUGGACAAGGCCAAGGACGCGCUCGGCAAAGUGGACAUCAAACCGCCGAGCGGCACAGGGGACCCGAACAACAUGACGCUGCUGGCCGAGGAGGCGCGGACGCUGGCCGACAAGCACAAGAUGGACGCCGACCAGAUCGAGAAGAUCGCCAGAGACGCCAACGACACGUCGACCAAAGCGCACAACCUGCUGCUGAGGACUCUGGAAGGAGAGAGCAGGACGAGUCAGGAGGUGGACGAGCUCAACAAGAAGUACAACGAGGCCAAGGAGCUGGCAAAGAACCUGGAGAAGCAGGCCAACAAGGUCCAGGCCGAGGCCGAGGACGCCGGGGACAAGGCCCUGAAGAUCUUUGCCAACCUGACAAGCGUCCCCUCGUUUGACACCAAAGCUCUAGAGGAUGAAGCUGGUAAGAUCAAGAAGGAAGCGUCAGACCUGGACAAGCUCAUCGACAAGACGGAGAAGGAGUACAACGACCUGAGAGACGACCUGAGGGGGAAGGAGCUGGAAGUCCGCAAGCUGCUGGAAAAGGGGAGGAGCGAGCAGCAGACUGCAGACCAGCUGCUGGCCCGAGCCGACGCCGCCAAAGCUCUGGCCGAGGAAGCGGCGAAGAAAGGACAGUCCACCUUCAGGGAGGCCGAGAGCAUCCUGGAGGACCUCAGAGACUUCGACAAGCGUGUCAACGACAACAAGACGGCGGCCGAGGAGGCCCUGAAGAAGAUCCCCGCCAUCAACGCCACCAUCGCGGCAGCCAACCAGAAGACGCGGCAGGCGGAAGCAGCGCUCGGCAACGCGGCCGCCGACGCCAGAGAUGCAAAGAGCAAGGCGGAGGAGGCGGAGAAGAUCGCCGCCGCCGUGCAGAAGGGCUCGGCCAGGACCAAGGAGGACGCGGAG